AAGGUGUUUACUGAUCCGCCCACCCAACCGUUGACAAACUGCGAGUGUCUCGGCUUCCUGGGAAUUGCGACGUGACUUUUCCGGCUUUUCGAGUGCAGCGAUGCCCUCAGGAAGACUCGUCUAAUCAGUUCUUUUGCGUUAGCAGAGUCUCGGAACUGAUUUAAGUCACGAUUUUCGAUUCCAUGGGCGAAAACGUCGACCUGGAGCAAUUUUUGCUGCCGGGCCUUUCGGCCAUCGGCACCACCAAUCUUGAUUUUGAUUUAGACAAUUUUUCUCGAACGUCUGACCUGCUGCUUAACGAUGAUCUGGAGAUCCCUAUGGAUGAUGAAGGGUACACCCUCAGUCCAUCUGAGCAUUGGCCCAAACUGGAUGACAUUCCGCUGGAGUGGGCAUCCGAUUCAAUGGCAAAUUCGCUUGACCAUGGCCCUCUGAUCCAAGUCAAGAAAGAGCCAUCGACGCCUCCAAGUCCCACCGGGAGCUCAGACAGUGGUUGUUGGCCAAAGACUGAACCUGAAACUCCGCCUGUCUCACCUCCCAGGGUGGUGGUGCCUCGAGUAGCUCCAGUGGUGAUGGUCUCCCCUGUUAAUCUGGUGCCAGUAAAUGGAAGAGUCGUCAGUGCAAAAAGGAUACAGCCCAAACCUGCUGAGGACAUAAGCAAACCUGCGCCUAUAAAAAUUGAGUGGAUUCCUGGUCAAGAAGCAGCACCCGCCGUCUCGGACAUCCGCCUUCUCAAAAAGCACCAACGCAUGAUCAAAAACAGAGAGUCAGCUUGCCAGUCUCGCAAGAAGAAAAAGGAGUACCUGAAUUCACUGGAGGCGCAGGUGGCAGCCCUGCAAGUCGAGAACCACCGCCUCAAAAGGGAAAACGAGGAGCUGAAGGCGCGCCUGGCCAAGCACGAGGGCCCUCGAGGCAGGAAAGGGGUGGUAACCCUUUGCGCCUGCCUCAUGCUCGUUGCCCUGAACCCUCUGGCCUCAUUCAUCCCCUCAGAUUUGCCAGACCACGUGGUUCAACCGCCAUCCCGGACGCCCGCCGGCCGCUCACUCUUGUGGGCCGUCGAGAGCCGACCAAAAGCACAACCCCGCUGCCCAGUUGCAAUAAAUCAGACUGAAUCUGUUCGUUUAGACUCUCAACUCCGAGGCUGCUUUUCAACUAAUUCAACCACCCCUCAGCCACCCCCACGGCCGGCAGCAAAGAAGAAACUGCGCAAGAGCAGUGCCGUGGCCCUUUACGGCCCCCAUGAAGCCCUUUUCGAGGCCAUCGGCCGCCGCGACGACUUCUUCUACGUCUUCAGCACUGAGCACGUCCUGCGUGCUGCAAAAGCACACAAUGACAGUUCAAGACCGAGAGUUGCGUUGGUCCUGCCGACGGUGAACGCCUCCGUGCCGAGGCACCAUGUUGCCCUGUUGCAGGUCGAGUGCGAGGUCACUGACACCAGGGCCUUCUCGGUCGACCAGCGGCUCAUGCCCAACGGAACCGCAGCCCCUCGGCGAUGGCGACGCAAUUGGUUUGGCCACAACUGACAACUCUAGUCUGUACAUAUAAACUUGGCACUUCCGUAUAAAAUUGUGUGGUCGCAAGAUCUUUACUGUAUAUUCCAUUCUGGCCACAUACAUUCUUGUCUCUCCGUACUAUUAAACACAAUGUUUUGUUACACACAUUA